AUGAGGGCGAGUGUCUUUUGUUUUGUUGUGGCCUUCGCUUUACAAUAUGUUUUGGCGGCAAAACGAGGCAUAGUCACUAUAUACGGGUCUUUGGACUCCUUGCGCAUAGACUCAGGACCAUGUCCUGAAUACGAGAACGUCUUCGAAGGAUAUCAAGAUGCCAUUCAUAACUUCACGAUAGAAGUUUACAAACACGUGGCUCCACUCGGCACUUACCAGUUUGUUGUCUCUUCUCACUCAAUGUGGAUGACGUUGGCAGCUAUCGCAGAAGGAGCAGAUCACGAAACUCAACAGCAACUGUUCAAAACUCUGAUGUUACCAGAUAACCCAUGCAUUCGCCAAAGAUAUUACCAGCUGGCAGCAAGUCGGUUCUCCUUAACCCCUGAUGUGUCCGUUGUCAGCACAAGAGCUCUCGUCAUCGAUGAAGGAGUCAUACCUAACCCCUUAUGGCACAAUUUCGUUACAAAGAAUUCUUUACUAGACGUCAUUUCGGCACCUAUUAAGUUCAACCCACCAGUAGCUGCAAAUGUGAUCAGACAGGUUGUGUACGCAAACUUUCCACGACUAAACUUACGAGGCAACUCAGUCUUACUUGAUACGAUGGAUUACAACGGUUUGUGGAACACAGCAUUCGCUGAUGCGGUGGUGAAACGAGCGCCCUUCCACAACGUAGCUGGUCAACGCAUUGGUUCCGUAGAUAUGAUGACCGUGAAACGCCGUGCUAAAGUAGGAUACGUACCGAAGUUACAAUCCAAGAUGUUGGAACUACCAAUUGGAACUAACAACCAGUAUAGUAUAAUUAUAGCUCUGGUUGUAGGGAAUAAUGAUUUGAGACCGAUUAUCAGAGAGAUGAAAAGCUCCAUUAUAAAAGAAGUGCUGGGAACAUUGCAAGAAAGUCGAGUACCGAUAGAUGUAGCGUUACCACAGUUUACGAUAAACUCAGAAUUGGAUGCAAGGACCAUCUUAGAAGAUUUUGGAAUUAAGAACCUAUGGACGGAUCCUGAAGCGACCAGGUACAUAUCAACGCCACCGGCUUUACCCAGCAGCUACGUCCAACGUUCCACUUUAACCCUCAACAAGGAUGGAGUGAAUCUACCAGCGGUCGUUGAACUCCGGUCUUUUGGACCCCCUUCAAGCCCUGAAGACCUAUUCUUCAGCGAGUUCAUAGCUGACAGACCAUUUAUGUUCGGUCUUUUUGAUACAGAAACAUACUCUUGUCUAAUGGCUACAAUGUAUACUCAACCAACCUAUCCUAAUUAGAGUCAGUCAAUAUUAAGUUAUUAAAUCCUUCUUUAUAAUUGGAUGUGCAAUUCCAUAAGUUUUUAUGUUGAUUGGUGGAAAAAUAAAACUUAAAACAACCUGUUAAGUGAUUUAUGAUAUAAAAAAGAUCAAAAGU